CCUCUUGUAAUGUGAAAUGUUCUGUGAAUUGUGAAUGCCAUUUUGUAAACGCGGAUGUUAAUUAUUUCGUUAAAUACCUUUUUAUUUUAUUUUAUAGAUUAUUUCAGUUGUUUGAUAGCUAAAAAUGUUGCACGUUCUGCUGUUUGAAAUGUAAAUAAAAGUAUGUGACAUUAAAACCAUAUUGUUUAUGUCAAUAUAUCUUAAAGCAAGGCUGGAAGCAUAUUUCAUUCUUAGAAAACACUAAAUCUGCCACAAUGGAUUUUGCUCAGCCGCCACCAAAUUUGUCGAUGCCACCUCCCAUUAUGACGGGUCCUCCACCGAAUAUGGCACAACAAGGUGGUUUUAAUAAUAGGCCGCAAUUCCGACCUUUCAUGAACUUACACAAACCGCUGCCUGGACCUUUAGGGAAUAUGACGUUAGAAGAUUUUGACGGCAAACGUCUCAGAAAGUCGGUAAUGAGGAAAACGGUAGAUUAUAAUUCGGCUAUAAUAAAGGAAUUAGAGAAUAGAGUGUGGCAACGUGAUUAUAGAGACAGAAGGGCGCUUCAGCCAGACGCAAUGUACUAUCCAGAUAUGAUGCCUCCUCCCAGUUACCCCGACAAUCCUAUUAACUGCGUUACCACCCGUUUUGUAAAAACGGCUACAAAUAAAAUGAGAUGCCCCAUAUUUUGCAUGGCUUGGACUCCCGAGGGAAGGAGACUAGUCACGGGGGCGAGCUCGGGAGAAUUUACAUUAUGGAAUGGGCUGACAUUUAAUUUUGAGACAAUUUUACAGGCCCACGAUAGUCCAGUGAGAACGAUGGUGUGGAGCCACAACGAUAGCUGGAUGGUGACGGGGGACCACGCAGGAUACGUGAAGUAUUGGCAGUCGAACAUGAACAACGUGAAGAUGUUCCAGGCGCACAAAGAAGCCCUACGUGGUAUAAGCUUCAGCCCGUCGGAUACCAAGUUUGUAACGUGUUCGGACGAUGGUACUCUGCGUAUUUGGGACUUUUUCCGUUAUCAGGAAGAAAAAAUACUUAGAGGACAUGGAGCUGACGUAAAGUGCGUACAUUGGCAUCCCCAAAAAGGCCUUAUAAUUUCCGGCAGCAAAGAUAACCAACAGCCCAUAAAACUGUGGGACCCGAAAACGGGCCAGUCGCUAGCCACAUUACAUGCCCAUAAGUCAACGGUAAUGGACCUAAAAUGGAACGAAAACGGCAAUUGGCUUAUCACGGCGUCUAGGGAUCACUUGCUGAAAUUGUUCGACUUGAGGAACCUCAGUCAGGAAGUGCAGACCUUCAGGGGACACAAAAAGGAGGCUUCCAGCGUGGCGUGGCAUCCCGUUCACGAGGGUCUCUUCUGCAGCGGUGGCUCCGACGGGGCAAUUAUGUUCUGGCAUGUCGGCGCCGACAAGGAAGUAGGAGCUAUUGAGCAAGCCCAUGACAGCAUAGUGUGGACGUUAGCCUGGCAUCCGCUCGGCCACAUUUUGUGUUCGGGAUCCAACGAUCAUACGAGCAAGUUCUGGACCAGGAACAGGCCAGGCGACCAAAUGAGGGACAAAUACAACUUGAACACACUGCCUGCCGGUAUUGCUGGAUUGGAAGACAUGGAGAUGGGCGACGAACCCUCCUCAAUAAUUCCUGGCAUGGGUCCCGAGGAUAAAGUCGAGAUAACCUCGAUAAUCACCGACGAGAACCAAGCUAUUCCCGGUUUGGAUUUGGACGGUAGCGUUGUGAACGAGGAGAAACCUAAACCGAAGAAGGUACCUUUCAGCAAGCCUAUACCGCGGAACUUCCAGGCGCAGUGGAACGAGACUGGAGAUGAUACUGCUGGUACUAUCAACGAAGUUAUCAGCCAGAUCGUCGAGAAUACACCCGGGGUGGUUCCAUUGCAAAAGAUUGCUCCCAACGCCAUUAUUAUUUAUGGAAAAUUAAUUCCAGUAGAACCCGGGUCUAAACUGGAACAAGCCAUAGCCGACGGACCGGACGCUCUCCAAAAAUACAUCGACUCGGGGGAAAUCGAAGAACUACACGACGUCAUGCCUAUAAAAGACGACGAAGACUACCUGAACGACGAUUACGACGACAGCAAAGACUCUAACAUUCCAUCAAACACGUCCAACCUAGGAAGCAACUCUCACCUGGACUCCGACAUGAGGUCUAAAGAUCAAGACAUGAGGCCGUUCAGUAACAUAGGAAGAGACAACGACAUGCGGGGCAUGGGCGACGUGGACUUCAGGAAAAUGCACAAUAACGACCUGGACUUCCGCAACCAGAACCACCGGGACUUCGACAUGCGGAACCAACACAUGGACGAGGACUUCCGCUUCAACAACCACGGCGACGAGGAUUUCAGGAACAGCCAGUACGAUAACGACGAAUACGACGAGGAAUACUACGACGAGGGCCCCAACGAUAGGAACUGGCAACGCAACGGCAACUUCAACAACUUCAGGGGCGGUCGCAACACUCACGGAUUUAAUCAGAACUUCAGGGGACCGCCGGGUAACUUCAACCAGAGUAGCGGAAAUCAGAACGACGGCAACUGGAACAGUCCGCAGAACGACUUCAGGAGCAGGGGGGGCAUCAGGAGAGGCGGUCAACCGAGGGGGCAGCGUGGCGGUCAGAGAGGCGCCAGAGGUAACCCGAGAGGUCGCAGCGGAGGUCCGAGGAACCCCGGUAGGGGCGGUCCUGGAAACAGGGGUCAACUUGGCGGACGGGGCAGAUUUUCGUGAGUGGAAACGUGUAUAUAACUAUGUCGACUUUAAGAUUACUAUGUGCGUCUCAGCUAUUUCGUGAAUAUUCUGUUCUAAUGCAUUAUUUUUUAAUAAUAAAUCGUGAUCUUUUGAACGGUAGAAGUACAGGAGGGCGUUUAAUGGUGCAACGGAUGUCUUGGAUUGUAGAAUUGUAAGUUACGAGUCGUGCUUAGUAACUUAUUUUUUUUGAUAACGGUUCUUUCAGCGUCUUGCAUUUCAGUUGAAACGCUGAAAAAAUGGAUUGCUUAAUACAAAAGUGACGAUACUGUUAAGUUUUGGCUGCUUUUUAAGCUCAUGGUGUGGGUAUUCAAGGGAUAAUUUGAAGUCGGUGAUCUAACUUCUUUUCUAUUUAGAGAAAAAUGUUUUUGGCAAAAAUCGUAGAUCAUGAUAAUUUAUUCUGUCAUUUCGUCCAGGCUGACAUUUUUUUUAAAGCCGCUCCUUUUUUUAAUAGAUUUAGAUAUAGUGCAGAAAUAAUUAAAACGUGUCGUCCAUGAACGUUUUUUAUGUUCUUGCCACGAAUUGGUGUAAAUGUUAAACAUUGAAUUUUUAGUUUGUAACAGUAGGAUUUUUUUUGUAACUAAUCUCUUUAUCAGUUUGUUUAUUUUUGUUCCUUAGUUGUUAGAUCUCGUGCAGAAAAAAGAUCACAAAGUCGCUGUACUUUUGUUCCUAUCCACAGUAUCUAUCGCAUUUUAUUUAUUUUAUCACAUUAUUAUAAAAUUUUGUAACAUCUCUAAUUUGCACCCCCGUUUCUUCACAAAUACCAAGGUGUACUUAUUGUAAUCUGAUGUUAAUGUAAAUAAAAUAACUAAUAAAUACGAUAAGAUUUA